AUGAGAAAAGUUCAAACGGGAAAGAAAUUUGAGAUUAAAGCUCCCCGAGCAGAGAGUACAACAACAGAGGCUUUCUUUUCCACUACUUGGACACUUCUCAAGCAAGCUAUUCAACAAAUUUAUCACAACAAGAGCUCUGAACUUUCCUAUGAGGAAUUGUAUAGAAAUACCUAUAAAAUAGUAUUGAAUAGACAUGGCGAAUCACUCUAUGAAAAUGUAGAGGCCUGCAUGUUGGAGCAAGUAGAAUUCAUUCUCAGUAGUGUUUUGAAAAAGUGUCCUGAUGAAUUAUUUCUCAAGACAAUAUGCAAUGUUUGGGAGGAAUACAAGACAGAAACAUCUGUAGUGAGCAGUGUUUUGAUGUAUUUGAAUACAAAUUAUGCUCUCAAACAAUUACAGCAACAACAAUCUCAAAGUAGUGGAAAUGGUGCAAAUCAAACACCUGUUAAACACACAUUAUUCGUCUAUGAUAAUGGUGUAGAAAUAUUCAAAAGAGUAGUUAUUUAUCAAAGUCAAUCAGGAGUUAAAAUUAAAAAUAUUGUAAUUGAAAUGAUUGGAAAGGAAAGAGGUGGAGAAUAUGUAGAUAGAUUAUUGUUGAAAAAAGUAGUGAGAAUGCUAUGUGAAAUGAACUGUUAUAAUGAUGUAUUGGAAGAACCAUUUUUAGAAACCAGUGCUCAAUACUACUUGCAAUUGUCCCGUGAUUUAUUGGCACAGACAUCAAUUACCGACUAUUUGAAACUAGUCGAUGAAAGAUUAAGAGAGGAGGAUAACCGUGUACAGUACUAUCUCUCUUUUACAACAAAACCAAAAAUUUCAAAAAUCUUACGACAAGAAAUGAUUACCAAACAUUUGGACACUAUUACAGAGAGUCCAAGUGGAUACAUUUCCUUCCUCAAGGAUGACAAGAUUUCAGAAUUGCACAGAAUGUACAAUUUGUUUUUGGGUAAUGAAGAAGAACAUUUAUCCAUCAUGAUAAAGCUCUACAAGCAAUACAUUACCGAUGUUGGUAUUGCCUAUGUAAUGGAUGAAGAGAAAUUACAGGGAUCUGCAGUAACCUUCAUUGAAGGUCUAUUAGAACAAAAGAGAAAAUACGACAGAAUUACUCGAGAAUCUUUCAAGAGCAAUUCAAAAUUUGAACAAGCUCAAAAGGAAGGAUUUUCCAUCUUUUCAGAUGGUACCAGACAAAAGAGAGUUUCAGAAUAUCUUUCCCUCUAUUUGGACAAUACAAUCAGAACUCUUGGUGAUUCAGAACAAGAAUUGGAACCAAUCAUGGAGGAUGCUAUGGCUCUUUUCAGAUUCUUGAGAGACAAGGAUAUUUUUGAGAAUUACUACAAGGUUCAUCUUUCAAAGAGAUUACUCUCCAAGGGACAUCAAGCAAACUCUGAGAAAAUGUUCAUCUUGAAAAUGAAAAAGGAAUGUGGAUACAGUUUUACAUCAAAAAUUGAAGGCAUGUUCAAUGAUAUGAAAAUAUCAGCCCAAACCAACGAACAAUAUCAACAACAUGACGCAUUCAAACUCAAACCAGAAAGAAUGGACUUUAAUGUAAAUAUUCUCACUCACUCUUUCUGGCCUGCCUAUACCCUCAAUAACAUCAUUCUCCCAGCAGAUCUUAAUUUGUGCUGUGAGUCAUUUGCCAAAUUUUACAAUCAUAUUAAGGAAUUAACUCAAAUACCAGAAAAGGAUUUAAAAAAGACUCUUACAAUUUUAUGUAUGAACAAGACCAAAAUCCUUUCCAAAGAACCAAAGACAAAGAAUUUGGAAGAUAAUCACAAGUUUGUCUUGAAUCAGGACUUUAAGAAUGCCAAUUAUAGAGUAAGAUUAGCCAUCACCUCCACCAAGGAAACUGUUGAGGAAGUUCAAGAAACUGAAUCCAAGAUUGAAUUGGAAAGAAAACCUGUUAUUGAGGCUGUUAUUGUGAGAGUAAUGAAAGCGAGAAAGAAGCUCCACCACAAUGAACUCAUGUCAGAAGUUGUAAAGCAACUACAAAGCAGGUUUGUACCAAACCCUCAAGAAGUCAAGAGAAGAAUUGAGAAUUUAAUUGAAAGAGACUUUUUAUCAAGGGAAGUUGAAGAUCACAAGACAUACAAUUAUGUUGCAUAAAAUAGCCAAAUUUUUUAUU